AUGAACUCUAUCGUGGCAACGAGCAGCGGAGGUUCCCGUCGACCUCAUACAAAUGCUGUGAUAGAGGCCGGAAAGGCUCGAGCCCGGGAUGAGCAAGAGAUCCAAAGCCUCCUUCAAACAGCGCAGAGGUUAUGCCGCAUCUACAACCCCGAGAUAGAGCCUGAGCAUGAAACGACAAUGCUAUGCGAUUGUGCAGUGCACAAGUACUGGGAGAAGAAGGUCGACCGACUCGAAAUCCAGGAUAUGUGGUCGAAGGCUGUGAUCUACCCAGGCGAAAAGCCGUACCAUGACUGCACACGCCUGCGAUUCAAGAAUACCAACCCCUACUCAUUCAAAAUUACCUCUCCGUUCAACCUCGUGUGUUUUCCAUUAACCGGAAUGGCCAAGCCAGACCCGCAUUAUCAUCUCCAGUUCAUCCAGGAAACAUUGUCGAUGGACUCUACUCUCAACCGAGACUCAGAAGCGGCCAUUCAAGCACAAGAGCCAGCUUUCAACAUUUGGGAGUUAGAACAGCUCGAGUCUUUGGUAUCAAACAUGUCCGUUAAUCGUUGGUCUUCUUCCAACAGCGACACCAUCGACAAGUCUUCCAAGCGCACGGGAUUCAGGAAAGCCUUCUCUAUAAAAUCCUCCGACGAGCGAACUGCAGGAAAGAUACAAAAGAAAUUUUCGGUUACUUUCGAACUACGAAAUGAAAUCCUCGCAGAAGAGCAAGGGCGGUGGCAAAGCAGCAACGACAUUCAAAUCGUGAAAACCUACCAGGAAAAUCUCGGAAUAGCUCAGACGGUCGCAGAACUCCGAGCGCAUAAGCCUCGGCACUACCUUCACCUCCUACGAGCCGGAUACUUCGAGCCAAUCAUAACAUCUUCACAAGGCCAAAUUCCAAACCUGCUCAGAUUCUCCAUUGAUGCUGCUGCGGGAUGGAGAGGAUUCACAACCGAAUGGAGAGGGUACAAAGACAUCGCAGAAGAGCGUCUUUACUGGAUUCUGAGUCAUAGGCCUACGGAUAAAGAAGUCUCAAAGCCUGAUUUGGUGUCUGAACUCGACACAGCCCGCGCCCGAAUGGCUACCGCACGCCCACCGAUAGACGCCUACGAUUCCCCUGAUGACAUUUGCGACAUAAGCUCGGGCUCGCAGCGCUAUUCAAGUCAAGUGCCAACACCUCCCCCGAAAUGGAAAACUCCUAUAUCACGUGAUGACGAGACAAUGGUUUUACUUGAUACCACUAGCUCCAUGGACAACUAUCCGAUGCGUCCGGAGUACAGACACUACCUCAUCACGUCACAUACAAGGGUCAAGCAGCCCAAGAGUAAAGGUGGGCUCCUCACGGAAGUCACAAAGUCUGUUAUUCGGCGUUUUAUCAAUGCAAUGGGGAAUCAUGACAACAAUCCUCGAGGCUACCCGCUUGCGGUCUUCUCCCAAGAAGCCGAAUAUAUCGGAAAGAUCCACAGAUGGGAUCUCGAUGAAGUAUGGAGAGGAAUAAGAUUCGCGGGCAAAGCUCGCGUUAUGGCCGGAUGGCAAAAGAUCAAAGAAUUACACUUGCAAAAGCAUUCUGGCACAGCGUCUUAUCAUCCUCUCUACGGCUGGAUGGCCGGGCCACUAACGCCUCGACUCAAAUUGCUACUGGUCCUCAAUGAAGAGGCCAGCGAUAUGAAUGAGUUUGAGUUGGAGCUUCUAAGUCUUCCUUGGGCAUAUAUCACGAUCUUCCUAAUUGGAGUUGAAGGAAGUCUCAAUCAUCAUCGACACGCCAACAGACUAAGUCGCAUGAGUGAAGUCAAUCACCGAAUAUCCUUUGUCGAAGCCCAAGGAAAUAUACCAGAACGCUUCAUUACGCACGAACUAUUGAAACGGCAUCUGGGGUAUGAGAUUUCCAUGUCUCGCUUCAAAGAUUUGGAGCGCGAAUUACCAGAAGAACUACCAUCACCUGUACAGCGCCGACAUGAGCGAACUUUCUCAGACCAGUCUCUUACUGACGACAUGUUGGUGGAGCUGCCGUCACCGGAAGAGACGAGGGCUUGGCAAUCACAGCAGCAAUAUUCACCCUCGAGGGCAAUACCGCAAGGGCUUGCUGAGCUUCCAGGGGAGCGAGAGCCUACUGAGUUACCUGCAACUGAGUCACGAAGAUCUAUGCAGACUUUCUAUCGGAGCUUUCCUGGCCAGAAUAUGCCUCAGAACCACCAUCUCCGUACUUAG